GUGGUGAUCGCGCAGAGGCUGAAGCUGAAGCUGCGCUGCUUACUGGAUGGAGGCGGUGGCCCACGCUUCUCGACGUUUUGCUCGAAAUUCGCUGCCACUUCCCAGAUUCACAUCACCGUCAUCAGAGACAACCCUCCCACCGAUCGACCCAUACACGAGUUCCCACUCGCCAGCAUCUUCACAUCCGCCGCCUCUGCUCUUCCACCUUCCUUCCGCCUCGACCACUCCACCACCGCCCGUCGGUGUUUCGCUUUGCUACGAGUAAUUAGCCACAGCAAGCUCGCGACUAUCAGGUGCGCUCAAUCGCCAU